CGGCGCGGCUCGGCACGGCGCGGCACAGCACGGCGUAGCCACGCUCGGCCCGCCCGGGCUCUCCCUCGCCAUUGUCUGCCUGCGCGGCUGUUCCUGCUGCGGGCGGCGGGCGCGCGCGGCGGCUCGUGAUGCUGAAGGGCUCCGCGUCCCCUCCGAGGCAGCGGCAGCGGGCGCGGGCGCGGGCUCGAGCUCCGGGGCGCAGCCACCCCGCCGCCUGCUGAAAACUGAAACUUUGCGUCCCCGCCGCUCCUUCUCGUCCGCCUCCGCCCCGCCGCCCUCCAUGCGCUGAGCGGCCCCAUGGACGCCUUCAGCGCCGCCAAGGCCAAAAUGGGGGCGAAGAGCGGCGGCGAGGCGGCGGCGGCGGCGGGGUUGGCCGCUCCUCAGCCCGCCGCCACGGCCCCCAGCCCCGCCGGCCCCGGCUCGCCCUCGGCGCCCGAGCCCGCCGCCUACAAGCUGGAGGACCUGGAGACGCUGGCCACCGUGGGCACAGGUACAUUUGGACGUGUUCACCUGGUGAAGGAAAAAAUGGGAAAACAUUACUUUGCACUGAAAGUAAUGAGCAUUCCAGAUGUCAUUCGACUGAAGCAAGAGCAGCACGUGCACAAUGAAAAGUCAGUUUUGAAAGAGGUCAAUCACCCAUUUUUGAUCAGAUUAUUCUGGACCUACCACGAUGAACGCUUUUUAUACAUGUUAAUGGAAUAUGUACCAGGAGGAGAACUUUUUAGUUACCUGCGCAACAUGGGCCGUUUCAACAACAGCACGGGACUGUUUUACUCUACAGAAAUUAUUUGUGCAAUAGAAUACCUGCACUCCAAAGAAAUAGUUUACAGAGACUUAAAACCUGAAAAUAUAUUACUAGACAAAGAAGGACAUAUCAAACUUACUGAUUUUGGAUUUGCUAAAAAAUUGGUGGAUAGAACGUGGACGCUUUGUGGCACUCCUGAAUACCUUGCACCAGAAGUCAUUCAAAGCAAAGGUCAUGGGAGGGCUGUGGAUUGGUGGGCCCUGGGAAUUCUUAUAUUUGAGAUGUUGUCAGGGUUUCCUCCAUUUUUUGAUGACAAUCCAUUUGGUAUAUACCAGAAGAUUCUUGCUGGCAAAAUCGAUUUCCCACGGCAUUUGGAUUUAUAUGUAAAAGACCUUAUUAAGAAGCUACUUGUGGUUGACAGGACAAGGCGAUUAGGAAAUAUGAAGAAUGGAGCAGAUGAUGUGAAGAGGCAUCGAUGGUUCAGGUCUAUAGACUGGGAUGCUGUACCUCAAAGGAGACUAAAGCCUCCUAUUGUGCCGAAAGUAUCCAAUGAUGGAGAUACUUCCAAUUUUGAAGCUUAUCCUGAAGAUGACUGGAACAAAAUGCCUCCAGUACCCCCUAAAGAUCUAGAAAUUUUCAAGAACUUCUGAAUGCAGCAUCUACAAUGGAUAAGAAACUGGAAAGAAAGUGAAGUGAAGAGCAAGUCUGAAGAAAAAAUUAUAUUAAUACAUAAAUGAAGAUUCUCCUUGUGGAUGAGAAUUAUACUGCAUUCAGAUAUGCAAAUGAGAAUAUAAUGAAUAUCUAAGGAGUUGGAGGCAGGCAAGAAUCAGUUUUAGCUGAAAACAUUUGGCAUUGGUUUAGUAAAUUGUAAUGCUGACAGUCUACUCCAAAGUAGACUUGAGUAAAGUGAAAUAUUUUAGUAUUUUUUUUUUUAACUUAUGGUUUAGUUAAGUUUCCUGCUAUUCCCAGAUCCUUUUUGCAUAAUUAACUCAUAGAUUUAAUUUUAUAAGUUUAUACUAAACUUGUGUAAUUAAAAGCACAAAUUAGUAUAUAUGUAUAUAAUGAAUACAAUACAACUAAAGCACAGGAACUGUGCAAAGAUGUAAAUUUUUGUACUUUGCAGAGUCUAUGAUUUUUAUUUUUCAAAUAAUGUUUUUCAAGAAGUUCUCUAGGGAUAAAAAUCUUAAAAGGAUAAAUGAGUUUUUCAUCAUCUUAUAUACAUUUUAUAAUUCUUUGUAAAAAUAAAAAAUAAUUAAGUUUUAAAUAAGAUUUGUACCUAAAAUUUCCAAUGCCUCAUACUUGCAACCAUAGUACUUGAAAGCGGAAAGACAAGGGCAUGUUUUAUUGUUGAUUAAGAUACAUCUUAAUGGUUAAUUUAUGAAAUUCUGUUACACUGAUGUCUCUACAAACCAGGAUAUUGAGUGAUGACGUGCUGUCUGAAAUGUGAUUCCUCUUGUGACAACUCUCUGUAAACAUUCAGUUCAGUGCAUACUGGUAUAAGGGCUAUAACUGGCUCUUACAGGAGUUGUUCUCUCUCUUAAGCUUGCUAUCUUCUCUAAAUUUAAAGCAUGAGCCAUAACAGACUUUCUUCAUUAUUGGCAUAGUUGUUGUUGAAUAUUUGGCACUUCUAAUUAUCAGAGGGAACACUAAAUAUAUGUUAGAGCCUGAUUUUUCUGCUCCUGCUUUUGGAAAUAGCCUAAAGUCUCCACUGCCAGGAAUUCUAUAUGUAAGUGUUCAAGCCUUAGAUCUGAGGAAUUUCUUUUAAACUGUAUAACAGCUUUCUGACAUCUUAAAUACACUGAAUUUAGGAA